CAGCAGCAGACACAGAGGGAGAAGAAGCACAGCAUUCUAGAGGAGGGAGAGGUGGGAAUGUAGAGGUAGGUAGACAGAGAGAUGCAGUGCCACAGUGAGAGUGUCUGCGAGGCUGUCUGCAGCGCAAUUCUUCAUCCUCACAUCAGGGACCAUGAUGUGUUACGGAGCUAUGAUGCACAGAUUCAUUGCAGGAGCAGGGAAUGCAGAUAGAAGUUCACCUUGAGCUGGAGUCCAACAGUGCCACUCUGGACCUUUGGGAUUACAACAAAUGCUCAUUGAUCCUACAAGCAAGAACAAUAGAGAUUAGACCGGAUCUGACACCCUGCCAAACCUUAAGUGGCUCCAGAAUCUCUAACUUUUUUGACUUUAUACCGAUAACAUCUGACAGAGAGGCUUGAGACUACCAACCCAGGGCCACAAUUCAAACAGGUUCUUGGUUUGGCAGAAACUUGGCCAACUGCCUCCAGAACUGACAGCAUACAGAUCCGAGACUGUAGCAUCCACGCCUCACGCUGGAGCCCCGGAAAGCCACGGCCAAGCAGGUCCUGCAGCCCAGGAACCCUGGAGCCAGCCUGACCUUGGACCGCCUGUCACCUGAACCCCUCCUGGCACCAGCAGAAACGUCCAGCAUGUCUCAGACCGGAGGACGAUUCCACAACAAAAAGGCCGGCAUACGGGCCGCCGUGAUCCUGAUCGGACUCCUGCACAAGUCUCGCAAAGCCAAGGAGAGGGAGAGGGAGAAAGAGGAGAGCGAAGGGAAACAGGAGCUGCUGAACAUCUCCAACGUCCCUCUGGGAGAAUGUCCCCCCUCACCACCCCGCACUGCACCGCCCAGCAUGAAGUCUGCAGAGUUCUUCGAUAUGCUGGAGAGGAUGCAGGCCCCUAAAGCUGAAGAAACCAAAAAAUGGAAGGAUGACUAUAUCCCCUACCCACGGAUAGAAGAUGUCCUGGAGAAGGGUGGUCCAUAUCCCCAGGUAAUCCUGCCACAGUUUGGGGGUUACUGGAUCGAAGAUGUGGAGGCUCCAGCAGGGACCCCCUCCUCCUCUGAGUCUAGUUUCUGUGAGGAAGAGGAAAGAGAAGAGGGCAUGAGCCCUGGUGGGGGGCACAGUUACCGCCUGGAGUGUAACAGCACAGCCCGUGCUUACCGCAAACACUUUUUAGGCAAGGAGCACAUGAACUACUACUGCACUGGCAGCAGCAUAGGCAACCUCAUCAUGUCUCUGAAACAUGAGGAGGCUGAAGGACAGGAGUUCCUACGCAUCAUGCUCAGGUCAAGGAUCAAAACAGUCCAUGACAGGAUCUCUUUAGCUGGCAUUAACCAGCUGCCCAGUGUACCUCAGAUUGCCAAGCUUCUGUGUGAUGAUGCCACAGGGCUGAAGUUCAACCCAGUCCUGUAUCCUCGGGGAUCCCAGUUGAUAGUGGCUUAUGACGAACAUGAGGUGAACAACACCUUCAAAUUUGGAGUCAUCUACCAGAAGUUUGGGCAGACAUCAGAGGAGGAGUUGUUUGGGAACAAUGAGGAGACGCCACCUUUCAAAGAGUUUCUCAGUAUCCUGGGCGACAAUAUUGAACUUCAGGACUUUAAAGGGUUCCGUGGUGGGCUGGAUGUGUCCCAUGGACAGACAGGAUCUGAAUCUGUCUACACUGUUUUUAGACAGAGAGAGAUUAUGUUCCAUGUGUCAACCAAGCUUCCCUUCACUGAGGGAGACAUCCAGCAGCUUCAGAGGAAAAGGCACAUAGGAAAUGACAUCGUGGCUGCAGUCUUCCAGGAAGAGGCCACACCGUUUGUUCCAGACAUGAUCGCCUCCAACUUCCUGCAUGCUUAUGUGCUGGUGCAGGUUGAGAACCCGUGUACAGAUCACACAACAUACAAGGUGUCUGUUACAGCGAGGGAGGAUGUUCCUCCUUUUGGACCCCCUCUCCCAAACCCAGCAGUCUUCAAGAAGGGUCCUGAGUUUCGAGACUUCCUGCUGACAAAGCUGAUCAAUGCUGAAAAUGCCUGCUACAAAUCCGACAAAUUUGCCAAACUAGAGGGGCGAACGCGAGCUGCGCUACUGGACAACCUCCACGAUGAGCUGCACAGACAGAGCCAGGCCACGCUAGGUCUGGGCCAAGCAGGAGAAGAGGACAAGCUGGAGAACGGUGGACAUGGGGGUCUGCUAGAGUCCUUCAAGAGAGCCAUGCGUGUCAGGAGCCACUCCAUGGAGACGAUGGUAGGGUCUCACCGCCACAGGAGCCCCGGAGUAGGAGGUGGGGUCCCAGCCAGCCUGAGUGGAGGGGGGCUGCCACAGAGCACCAGCGAAUGCACAAAGAGCACCUUCACUCCUCCCGUGUUGUCAGCCAAGUCUCCUCUGAAGAGCCCAGUAAAACGGCGAUCAGGCCUCUUCCCUCGUCUCCACUCCAGCACAGAAACUCCUUCAGACAAACACACGCGCAGCGACCAAAAGCCUGCAGAGAUCUGCCCGCUGUCCCAAGAAGUGAGGUCAGAGACAUCAUCAAAUCCCAGCUCACCUGAGAUCUGCCCCAACAAAGAGAGGCCAUUCAUCAAGCUGAAGGAGAGCAGCUGCAGCGGCAGGCCCAACAUAUCUCGUUCUUCAUCCAGCACCAGCAGCUUCAGCAGCACCACAGGAGAAACAGAAGCUCUGGAGGAACUGGAGACAGUUAGCCACCCUUCUAUAGCUUCCUCCUCUGCCUUUAGCCCUUCCCUCAGUGUCGAUGGCCAGGGAUCAGGUACCCCAGUCAUCAUGUGCCGCAGUCCGACAGAUGGGAAGAAUAAGACGUCACCGAGGUCAAACUUGAAGUUCCGCUUUGACAAAAUGAGCCACUCAUCCACAACUUCUGAGUAGCUUUGUGGAGCAGGAAGAAAAACUGUCUUGCACAACAAAGGGACAUCACGGGCUGAUGGAGCUGCAAAAAAAAAAAAGAAAAGAAAAAAGAAAAAACAAGAAUCACCACAACAACCACAUAAUCACUGUAGAACCACUUCCCUAAAGCCAAGGAUAAUCUGACAAGACAAUUACCAACUACAACAGAGUCUCUAUAAACUAACUGACAAUACUGUGAGUGUAUAGGGAGGAUACACAGCUGACAUGUUGGAUUUCUUUUUAACCAAACUUUAGCUACAGAAAUUAGUCAAUGUUACAAGUUGCUGCAACCUCAGUUGUCAAUUGUUCAUGUCAUAUGAAAGUCCUGGUAUGGCUGUAAUACUGUGAGCAUAGGCUGAGCUAGACUCUGCCACAGCUUCUUUGCAAGCGUCUUGUUUAAUAGAGAGAUACAGUGGUCCAAACAAGUGGUAACAUGAGACUAUGGCCGAACUGUUACUCUUUAUCUAGUGAGCUGCUGAGUGGAGAGAAUGUCUUGAGGAAUUGUCAGACAUCAAGAUGUUCCUUUUGCCUUUGCCCUUGAAUGGUACCAGUUCCUAAUGGCAUCAGUUCCUAUUUUACCUAAACAAAAAAAAAAGUAAGCAGAAACACACAUGCACAGGAACUGUACUGUCGACUUACAGUAGCAAAGCCUUGGAGGUGGCAACGCUGGGAGUCUCAAUUUGCCACUUUAGGAUCUGAACUUGUUCUUUGUGUAUAAAAAUGCUUUUCCAGGGAACAUCUUUGAUUUAAAAAGAAAAGAAAAAGCUUUUGUAACCUUGCUAGCUGCUGCAUUGUGUCUACUGCACUGUAAACACGACAUUGCUGAAAUUCAGUCAAUACCUAUGACAUCAUUUCUGUACCUGUAAGGGUUAUUUCAAAUUAACUCAAGUGCUUGGUUAGUGGAAAUUAGAUCACAUGGGACACAGUAGGAGACACUGCCAACACAUUUUGCCACAAGCUUAUUUUAGCCAAAGCUGCGCCUUACAAUCUAUCAAAAGUCCUUUUCACCAUUGAUGCACUCUCUCUCUCUCUCUCUCUCUCUCUCUCUCUCUCUCUCUCUCUCUCCCUGUCUCUCUCUCUCCCUGUGGUUACAGCACAGUUGUGGGUAGCCAAUCAACACCCACAUUUGCUGAAAAUAGACGUUGCACUUAUUGAAAAACAUUUCACCUUCUGAUACCUCCCAUUGAAGCUUGCUAGCUCAGUGCAUCUGUGUUUAUGUUUGGUGGGACUUAUGAACAGGAAGGUCUCCAAGGUUUCCCAGCAUGUGAGCUGAUAACGAUGACUUGAACCUUUGAACCAUCUUUGGCAAAACACUUUGAAUGUGAACUUGGAGCUUUUUUUGUACUUUUGAUUUUAGGCUUUGUUAGUUGUUAUUACAAAGUCUUUUAGACGUAUUGCAAAGCCAGUUGCUUACAAGCACAACAGGACAAUAAGUCUACUCUAGUCUUCAACUGUACCAUAACAUUAGGCUGGAGCUGCACAAACUGGAGUUAGCAGAAUGAAGUGGGAGUGUGUUAAUCAAGAAAACGCUUAAAGACACACACGUGUCUCCUAUGUGACCAAACUAGUAGGUCUUUUAAAGAAUGUCUGUGUCCUCCUACUGUGUAGAGAACCAUUCCUGUUGCUGAGAUGGUAGUUUGAUAGGUUGUGAAGUUCUGUCACAUCAAAACACACCAGGUUUAAAGGCUCAGUACAUCCAAAUUACAAACACCUUUGUAAUUUAGGUGACAUUUAACUCUCAAAGAAGCUGUUCUCAAGGAAGUUCUUUGAGAGGCACCUUUUUGAUAUAACUGGACUAGAAGCAGAAGUGAUGACUAACACUGGUCUCAGGUAGUGAAGGCCAGUGAUUACCUCGUGUAAAGGAAGCAGGAACAGAAAUCCUCUGGACAGAAGUGGGAAGAUGUCUUUUAGUUUGUAGCGGGUAUCGCCUAAAAGCCCUGCAGCCUUUUUCUCUGUUAAUAUGCUUAAUUUAUUAAAUGAUAACUUCUUCUUUUGCAUUGAUGUCAUGUAAAAAUGUAAGUGCAGAGUAUGCUAAUUAAUAAGGUAAAAUGAUUAAAGGAAAUAUAUUAAUUUAAAAGAUGUCUAAACAUGUAUAUGUAUAUUUGGUUAUGUAACGUGCCAUUGAGAAUUUAUUCUGAAAUAAAAUGUUGUAUUUUGUGUCAUUUA